UACUGUCAAGUUUGUCUCCGGGAUGAAAACACAAUAUAAUAUUUUUUACCAAAUCCGUUUCAAAUUUAAUUAGAAUAACUAUUGCUUAUGUACCAUGGACGGACCAAUGAAUAAAAAACGAAAACCAAACUUUGAUAAUGGUAAAUCAUCUGUAGGGGCAAAACAAAGUAAGGUACUUAAAUCCAAUAUUUCAAAAGAAAUCAAUAAAAAAAAACACAUCCCUAAGUUUCGUUUAAAAGCUACAGGAGAAAGUGCAUCAUUGUCCCAUCCACAACAUGAGCGUGUACCAGUGAUGCUCACAGACUUACAACAUUUGCUAUUGCAUUCACUUCUAGGUAAUUUAAAUUUAUCCAUACCACCACGCUGGUAUGUGUUGGAAAAAUGUAAUCAUAUAAGUCAAACAACAUGUCUCAUAUUAGAAGGUAUUUCAAUAGAACAUUGGCAGAAGUAUGCAAAUAAAUUUAUACAGACACAGAAAAUAUUUAAUGAUUUUGUAGAAAUUCUAACGCCUUCUGUUUAUAAUGGGUCAUUGGUGCAAGAACUUGCAUUAGUGCCUUUAUCAGAGGUUGAUAAAGAAGAAAUUAUACAAAAAUAUGGCAGUAUGAACUUGGCUCUGGAAGCGAGAAAAGAUUUAAUGAUUAUGAUGAAAGCUGUUUUUCCAAUUAAAGAUCAACAAACAAAAAGUAUUGAUUACAUAUCAGAAGAUAAGUUUCCAAGAACACAAUUGAUGUUAUCUGCUUGGCAACUUAUUGAAGAAAAUUAUCCAAUACCCUUGAAAGGUAAAUUGAAAAAUGCAUAUUCAGAUUAUGUAAUGACAAAAAAUGAAUAUAAACCAGUUACAGCUAAAUCUCCAAUGUUUGGAUUAGAUUGUGAAAUGUGUAUUACAAAUGCGGGUUCAGAAUUAACAAGAGUCUCAAUAGUGAAUGAAGAACAUAAAACUAUAUAUGAAUCUCUAGUAAAACCUUAUAAUGAUAUAACAGAUUACUUAACACGAUACUCAGGUAUUACAAAAUCAUUACUGACUGAUGUAACUAAAAGACUUGAAGAUGUCCAGACUGAUAUAAGAGAAUUGCUACCAGCAGAUGCUAUUCUCGUAGGACAAUCAUUGAAUAUUGAUUUGCAUGCUUUAAAAAUGAUGCAUCCAUAUAUAAUAGACACUAGUUUAAUUUAUAAUUUUACUGGAGAAAGAAUACGUAAGCCUAAGCUUAAAGUAUUAGCAAAAGAAUUUCUUAAUGAAGAUAUUCAGUCUGGCAAAAAAGGGCAUUGUUCUGUGGAAGAUUCUUUAGCCUCCAUGAAAUUAGUCCAAUUAAAACUAAGUAAAAGUAUGGAGUAUGGAGAUGCAGUCCACACCAACAGACAAAAAUAUAAGGAAACUGCUGUUAAAGUUUCUAGAACACCAGAGAUUGCUUUAUCAAUAUUUAAUCACAUGAUAGAACAGAAAAAAACAUCCCUAAUUAUUGGUUGUGAUGACAUCACAGGUGACUAUCAUACAUAUUUAACACAGGCUCGAGAAAGUGUGACUUCCCAAUUUAAGAAUGGAAAAAUAAAAAAAGUUAAAUUAAGCACUGUCGAUGGAGCAGAAGAAGUGAUUGCCGCUGUCAGUAAAGCUGUAGUAGAUUACAAUUUUGUAAUGGUUCAUUUGAAACCAGAAUUAGAUAGUAAAUCUGAAUCCGAACAAUUUGAUACUAUUGAUAGGUGGAUUGAGACUGUUUGGAGAAGUGUAACGCAAUCUGCAUUGUGUGUUGUUAUCUUCAGUGGGACAACUACAGAUAAUGGUAUUGCUAUGAUGAAAGUAAAAAAUACUUUAUAGUACUAUGUAUAGUAUAGAUAAUCUAAGUACAUUGUUUUUUUUUUUGUUACCUGUGUUUAUCCUUGCUUAAGAGAAUACAUUAUUUUUAUAUUUAACGUUUUCUUUUGUUUCAUAAAAUAUCAGUAUGUAGUAGUUUCUUUUAUUAAUUGCUGUUCGUGCGUCCUUGUGUGAUCGAUAUUAACGGAUUAAACGGCGGCCUAAGCAGAGGAUCGAACCCCGAAGUAUCGUCUAGACUACAGUCAUAUCCAUUAGGCAAGAGUUUUGCGUAACGAAUAUAUGCCGUCGUUUGAUCCGAUAAGAUCGAUCACAUAUGGAAGCACGUAGGACUUCAACCGCUCCAUAAAUCAGUCAUGGGUUUGGAGUGCCUCAACACCCACAUUUUCGUCCGCUGAACCUGUAAAGGCCAGUUACGGCCAAUAGAAUAGAACUAAUUAUUUCUCUUUUAUCAUUCAAUAAUAAAGCAAAAUUUAAAAAGCCGAAUGAAAAGAUUCCUUGUUUUUUUUUUA